UUCUGGACGCUGGAGCCCGGUUUGGUUUUCAUCACUAGCGUGGCACAGCCGGAGGGGAUGUGUCGCCAGAGCUCGGGCCCUGAACUUUCUGAGAUGAGGCUGUUUCAGGAUGGCUAAGGUAGAGCAACCCCUUCCCUAGCCCCCUCCUCCCCCCGCAGCCUGCCCGGGGCCCUGGAGGAGGGAUGGCAGGGGUUCACUCACAAGGGACCCAGCACCAUCUGGAUCGCAGCACAGGGCUGGCUUGAAGUGUCUCUCCAGCUCCUAACCCAGCCCCUCCCCUCUCUGUCAACUCCCCCUUUCUGUCCCCUCCCUGGUGUCGCACUGGUCAUCUGAGCUUUGUGGCCACUUCCACUCAGCCAGCAGACUUCCCCCAGCUGACUUCAGCUCAGACACCUGCCUGGCUGGGAAGCGUCCCAGUUCUCCUCCAGGGGUGGUGCUUCUCCCCCCUCGUCUGUGAAAUACCCAGGAGAAGGGCCCGGAUUUCCAGGAGGCUCCCAGCAGACCUUUGGGAAGGGAAGAGAAGACCCUGGGGGAUUUUACCCUUUCCCGAGCUAUCGCAGAUCUGAAAGGAGGCAUAUGCAGCGGAAGGGAUCCAUGUAAACUCUGGUGAGCUGGAGCUCUUUCACUAGUGAGGCUGGGACUGUGACUCCCCCCCUGGGUCCCAGACUGUUUAUUCCCCAGGCCUUCAUUGCCAGUUGUGGACUGUCUGCACAUUUCAGCCAUGACUACCUCUGCCUUGCGCCGGCAGGUAAAAAACAUUGUGCACAAUUAUUCGGAGGCGGAGAUCAAAGUGCGUGAGGCGACCUCCAAUGACCCCUGGGGCCCACCCAGCACCUUGAUGUCAGAGAUUGCAGAUCUGACCUUCAACACAGUGGCUUUCUCUGAGGUCAUGGGCAUGAUCUGGAGGCGGCUGAACGACAGUGGCAAGAACUGGCGCCAUGUAUACAAGGCACUGACCCUGCUGGACUACCUCAUCAAAACCGGAUCGGAGAAGGUGGCCCAUCAGUGCCGGGAGAACCUUUACACCAUUCAGACCCUGAAAGACUUCCAGUACACAGACCGCGACGGCAAGGACCAGGGCAUUAACGUGCGGGAGAAAGUCAAGCAGGUCAUGGGCCUGCUGAAGGAUGAGGAGAGACUGAAGCAGGAAAGGGCUCACGCCCUGAAGACGAAAGAACGCAUGUCUGUGGAGGGCGCAGGCAUCAGCAGCAGCCAGCAGCUCUCCCAUAGCAGGCGGACAUCGCAAUAUGGAGAAGACUAUAGCAGGCCGAGGGGGUCUCCGUCAUCUUUUAAUUCUUCUUCCUCAUCCCCUCGGCUCGCCUCUGACCUGGAACAGGCAAGACCUCAGACAACUGGAGAGGAGGAGCUGCAGUUGCAACUUGCUCUGGCCAUGAGCCGAGAGGAGGCCGAGAAGCAGCCGCUUCCUCCAGCCACCAGAACCGAUGAAGAAUUGCAAUUGCAGAUAGCACUCAGCCUGAGCAAAAAGGAGCAUGAGAAGGAAGUGAGGGCAUGUCAAGGAGAGAACUCCCUGCUUCAGAGGGCACUGCAAGAGACUUUCCCGGGUACAGAGGAGGAGGAGGAGGAAGAAGAGGAUAAGCUGAAGAAAAAUCAGUCCUCCAUCGUGGAGCUGGCAGACAUUUUCGGACCACCACCAGUAACCCAUGCUUCAGUUGACCCUUGGGAUAUUCCAGGUGGGGACCCUUCUCGAUCGGCUGAUGGUUGGGAGAAUGGCAGAACCUUCUCUCCUCCAGCUCUGUCCCUGGCCAGUUCUUGGGCACCUAACAGUCUGAAGUCCAAUGUGGAACCCGCAGGAACCUCUUGGGGCCUUUCUGCAGACCCCUGGGCUCCAAUCCCUGCUGCUUCCGGGGAUCCUCUAAGCCAGAUGACAGCAUCCAUCAACCAAACCUCUGCAGAGCCUUGGGAUCUUCCUCCCAUAAGCUCCUCCUCUGACCCCUGGGGGAAGACCCCCCUCUCAGAUCUCUCAUCAGCAGAUGCCUGGGUAAAGGCAUCCCCACCGUCUAAAGCUUCCAUUGCUGCUGCUGUUGAUCCUUGGGGAGGUGCCGUUGACAAUCCUCCCACGGCAGGUGAUGUCACUUUUGACUUGUUUGGGAAACCGCCAGAACCGCUGGAACACGAGAGCUCACAGGCCCCGUCCUCUGUUAAACCGAAUAGCCCUGUUGAUUUGGACCUGUUUGGUGAGCUGGUGCACAGCACCACGCAGAAUGGAGUCAAAACCACGGACGUUUUUGAUCUUGCGGGCUUAGGAGAGUCUCUUGCUGACUCCGACAAAGAAAGGAAAGAUUGUAAAACUCCAGAGUCCUUUCUUGGCCCAACUGCCUGCUCCCUGGUGAAUUUGGACUCCUUGAUUGGUGCCCCACCGACCGUGAAGUCACAUAAUCCGUUUUUGUCAGGUCUCAGUGCACCUUCUCCCACAAACCCAUUCAGCAUCAGUGAUCAGAGCAAACCAACGCUCAACCAGAUGAGGACCAGUUCCCCAGUGCCGGGCAUGGCCAUGGGGAUGACCAUGAACUCCAUGACCUACAGUACUUCUCUCCCUCUUCCGCUCAGCAGCGUCCCGUCGGCAGUGACCCUUCCUGUUUCCAUGAGUGCCUUCCCCCAGACCGGGGCAGGGCCGUUUCCAGAGCUACCCAGGAACCUGCCUCAGCCUUUGUUGCCACUGACUGGCUCUACUCCUCCCCCACCCUCGCAGGGGGUGAUGAACCCUUUCCUCUGAAGUCUCUUGGUCUGUGUUACCUGCAGUCUCUCUUGUCCCGCCCCUGACUGUUAUGGAAAUCUUUGCGUGCUCUCAUGCAAAGGCCAUGUGGGCACCAGUUCAUUAGUUGUGAUGGAGGAAACCAUUCACCUGCAACUCCGAACCCCUCACCUGCCCAGGUCACAGACACCGUUAGCAUGAAUCUCCUUGCUUGAAGUGCUGUAGAAGUACCUGCUCCAGCAUGGUGGGUGAAGGAGGCCUAGAUCUGCCUCUGAUGGCAAGAAGGGUACUCUUCUUAUCAGCUGGCAUUCCCACGAUCUGCAGAGUAGAUGGAGGGAGUCCCUCAGGAAGGGCUUUCAUUGUCCAGGGCUCUCCGGCACCACAUACUGCUCCAUAGAGAGCCCAGUAGGAAGCAUCUUAACAGACAUUUUCUAGUCUCCACCGAUCCCUUAGAGAUCAGCCUGGGCCCACCAGUGGGAGAGAAGAAUCCUUCUGUACUUUGCAUAGGAGGUGCAAAUCGCUUGCUGCAACUUGCUGCCCCAAAGCUUGCUGGAGGUCAGGCCAUUCCUGGGGACAGGAGGAGUGCUCCUUAGAAUCCCGUUCCUCAGCUAGUGACCUGAAUGCUUCUCUCCGUGGCCCUGGGGAUGACUGAAUUGUGAUCCAAGAAUCCUGUUUCUCUCCUGCUGUCACCCAUAAGUUCCUCUGUGGACGCAAAUAUUUGGGACUCUGCCUGUCUUCCUCCACCCCAUCUUGGUGUUGCUGUUGGGAACCCUGUUUCUCUGCGGCUGUCACCUGGAUGUUACUCUGCUUGGGUGCUGGUCCUUGGAAACCUUUUCCUCCUCCACCACCGCUGUCAGCUGCACUGUUCUCCAUGGGGUGCUCCAUGGAUGUUCCCCAUAUUUUCCUUGGGCUUGGUGCAGAACCUCACAGGCUGACCCCAGCUCUCUUAAACUCUACAAGAGACCAAGUCCUGAGACACCCCAAGCAGGCCGGGAUAGCUUCAGCUCUUGGAUCCCAGCUCAAGCCAUUCGAAACUCUUCUGCCAGGACUGCUGUGCUGUGAGGGGGAGAAGGUCUAAUCAGCUGAGACUGUAGGAUGGAGUGAGACUGGAGGAUGUGAGGUUAACAUCCUGAGUGCCUGCUGUGUCUGAAGUUGAGGACUCCCUGCCAAUUCCAUCAGACCUCUGUGCAGAGAGGGGGGGGAUGACUCUGAGACACUAACACAGCAGAGGGGAGGGGUGACGGGACAAGGAAGGGGAAGUUGCUGUACAUUUGUUAGCUCUUUAGUGCAACACUUCUCUAAAGCAGCAGCGCAGUAACAGAGAUGUGGUGGCUAUAACAGAACUUAGGAGAACAAUAAAAUAUUCUAAUGUA